GGGGGGUCACCUAUCGGAGACAAUCAAAGAUGUUUGAGUUUCCAUGCGCAGUGACCAACAGGGAGGUCUCAACCAUUUCCACCCCUCCUCCAGCUCCAGCCGGGCCGCCGCGCGUCCUCCCACACCAUCCCGGACUUUUAAAGUCUCUCUCUCGGUCCUAAAGAGGGAAGAAGGAAAAAAAAAGAAAGAAAUAGUUGAAAGAAGACAAGCUGCUGAUGGGAUGUGACUUCUUUCUGCUGGGAGGAAACGAGGAAAAACAGACAUAAGACCUGCUGGCGACGAUGAAUUACUCCAAGGCGCAAAUGUCAAACUUAUCUGAAGAGCGGAGCUCUGUUGGGGGUCUGCAGCAGUCUAUUCCUGCAGGGAUGAAGCUUGAGGCGAUGAUGGAGCAGCUGCAGAGGCAUCAGGGAGCUAAACUGGAGAUGAACCUGCAGGAGAAGCAUCUUCUUCAAGCUCAGUUUCUCUUGGCUCAGCAGGCUGCUGCAGCAAGAGCGUCUGGCUCCAGGCCGGACUCCCUGCUGUUUGGGAAAGCAGAUGCAGAGAUUCCCCCAGCCACCCAAUACGGCCACAGCAACCCUCAGACCAAGACGGUGCCAAAGCAGGAGGACGAGGAGUGGGAUGGAGAAGAGCAAGAGAUGUUGGAACCUGAGGAAGGGGUUGAAUUAGAGGAAGAGGAAGAGGAGAAGAAGGUUUCAGGCUUCCAGCCUUAUUCCACAUCCCUGCCGGCUGCUGUGGAGCAAACGUCUCAGCCUCCAGCAGUAAAAGAGGAGAGGGAGGAGAAGAAUCUGUCUUCUCCUGUGGGUCAAACCACCUAUACACCCCCCACCAGCCUCGCCGACUGGGGAUACGAGGAGCUCUUCAAACAGCGAGGAAGCGGCAUCUGCACAGAGGACGCCGAUGGAGCAAAAGCAAGAGGAGAGACUUCUAGAGAUUUUGCCAAGCUGUACGAACUGGAUGAUGAUCCCCAUCGAAAGGAUUUUCUCGAUGAACUCUUCGUCUUCAUGCAGAAACGAGGAACUCCUGUGAACCGCAUUCCCAUCAUGGCGAAGCAGGUGUUGGACCUGUACAGGCUCUAUAAGCUUGUGACGGAGAAGGGAGGACUGGUGGAGGUUAUUAACAAGAAGAUCUGGAGGGAGAUCACCAAAGGUCUCAAUCUGCCCACCUCCAUCACCAGCGCUGCCUUCACCCUCCGCACUCAGUAUAUGAAAUAUCUGUACCCAUUUGAGUGUGAGAAGAAGCGUCUGAGCUCUCCGGGUGAGCUGCAGGCUGCGAUCGACAGUAACCGGAGAGAGGGUCGACGUCCCGGCUACACCAGCAGCCUUUACCGCUUCUCUCCUUCCCCGAGUUCGGCUCCGCAUUCCUUCUUGUCCUCACCUACGAUGCAAACUACCCCUACCUCACACAACGGCAUGAACAUGUCUGCCAGUCCAAAUUUAAAAAGAAGCACAGAUGAAACUUCUACGCCUGUAAUAUCGAGGCUGCCUCUGUCUCUGAGCCACCAUCAGCAGCAGCACGGUCAUCCACAUCAGAUCGCACAAGUCGCCACGUUAGAGCAUCUCCGGGAGAGACUGGAUCGAGCAGCAGGUGCCGCUCAGGUCGACGGUCCGGACAAGAAAAUGAUGAGGCUUGCAGAGGAGCAGCAGCGCCUCAUGCAGCAGGCCUUGCAGCAAAACCUGCUGGCAAUGGCGUCCCACUUUAACCCCAUGAGCCUCAAGCUGAACAACGGGCAUGAAAAGAAAAAGGAUUUGUCACUCAGCAUCUCUACUGAUGGACCAGCAAGCAUCAGCGUGUCUGUGGAGGUCAACGGUACGGUUUACUCAGGGACGCUGUUAGCCCAAAAGCCAGCUGCUCCUGUCUCAUCACAGAUCAUCACUCCUGCAGGCACGAGUGGCUUCAGCGCCCUCUCCUCGUCGCACAGUCCAUCCUCCUCUUCCUCCACCUCCUCAAAGGGAGCCAACUAAAGCUUUUGAAAUCUGUCUGUAAUCCACCUAAUAUGCCUCUCCCAUCUAAAAAUAGAAACUUCAGGGAAAAAUAACCAAUCAAACAGGAAACAAUCAAUCAUUUUGCAAUUUCUCUGACAGCUCAAUGUCUUUGGAAUGAUUUAACAUCGUUAGUUGAUAUGAAAGCCCAUAAAUCUAGAUUUAAAUCUGUCUACUUUAGUGCCUGUUAGUGUUUUCAUUUUUUACGUAGCAAAAAAUCAUCUAAAAAUAUAAAAUAAAACUUGGCCUAGGUUGUUAUGAAGUGUGUGGAAUGCACAGUAUUUGCAUCCUUGGUAAAGCUCAUUGGAUUUCAGUUUCAUUGUUAUUGAUUUCCAGUAACUUUAUUAGGAUUUGUUUGCAUAAUGGUGCAUAAUAGUGUAGCUGUGCAGCUAUAAGAGACCAAAAAGCCUUAGCUCUGUGUCAUAGCAUCUAUCUUUAACUGAUUUGCUUAUGCCUUUUUUUUUUAUCUUUUCUGGUAAUUGUUCAGGUUAACUUGACUGCUACUUAAUAGUUUUCUUAGUGAACUUCAGGGAAUAUAUAUAAACUGAAACUUGCAUCCAUAGACGCAACAAGACUGGAUGGACUCUUUCAUGUUGUGAUCUAUUUACUGUUCUUUUUUUUUAAUCUCUUGGGGUUUAAACGUUUAUUUCAUGCCAGCUGUGAAAGUGAGAUGAUGUUUAUGCAGGGAACUGUUUGUAAAGUAAUGUUGAAGCGGUGCAACUUUUACCUCAGUUGUCUUCCCAUGUUUGUAAGUUUCUCAUCCUUGUUCGAUAUCUGCUAAUGUGUUGCUUUGUUGUUUGUAUAAAAGCAGAGAAUGUAUGGGUGACGAUGAUCUCCCUCUUUGAGAAAGGCGAACACUGACACAUUGCUACCUCAUUCUGCUAGAAAUAUGCAAUGCUGCAUGCGGCGUGUGUUUGUUUUAGCCAAGAGCUAAAAAUAAUCUUUGUGGACAAUCAAAUAGACAUAUCUUUGCCACUGUGUUAUUGGCAUUUACCUCUGUGCUGGUCCUCGGUUUCAUUAUUUGUUUGGAUAUGCAGCCAUGAGAAAUAAAAGAGUGAUGUGUGGUGUUUGAAAACCUUUGGAUUCCUAAA